ACAGAUUGAACGACGAUGCUCUGCGGGUCUUUGCUGCGCCUUCGCCACCCGGUCGUGGCCGUGACCGCGCUCCGGCGCUUCGCUGCGGACGCGCGCAAGUCGGCGCCAGCCAACGCGCGCUUCAAGCUCCUCGGCGACAACGAUCACGUGGCGCCGGCGACGUCGGUCGUCCCGAGCGACGUUCUGUACGAGUUCCACCGCAAGACGUACUUUACCAUGAUCUCGUCGGCGUCGCUCGUGCAAAUUGCGUUCUGGAGCUGGUUCAAGGGCGCCGAGAUGGCGAUCCCGAUCACGCCGGUCGACGUGCCCGACACGACGCUCAUGUCAAUCAUCACGAACGACGCGUGGUCGUCGAUUGGCCUCGGCGCGAGCGUCAUGAUGGCCGGCAUCGUCGGCUUCUUCGCCCAGCGCUCGAUUGCCCGCGUCUCGGUAAUCUCUGGCGGCGCCAAGCUUCGCAUUACGACGCACAAGUUUCUUGGCGGCCUCUCGGAGCCGACCGACUAUGCGUUGCCGCAGAUCCGCGUCCAGUCGCAAACCGCAAGUACUUGACGCUCAAGAUCAACGACUCGAUGGGGUUCUACCUCAUUGACGUCAACGGCACGUUCCACAACCGCGCCAAGCUCGACCACAUUCUUCAGGUCGCGUCGACGACGGCCGCGCCGAGCGCCGAGGACAAGGCCAAGGCCAACGCGGGUACGACGUUCCCGCUGCGCUCGGAUCUGCCGCGCACGGACCUCAAGACGGCGAGAAAGAACAAAAAGUAAUCGCUGCAACGACGCUACCCGAUGCGCCUAACACGCUUUUCGGCACGA